AGGAGCAGCAAGAGGAGUCCGGAGCGCAGCACGGACGCUCCUUAUUCUCUCCUCCCCCUUCAGACCCCGCCACUGCACUCCAUCUCUCCAUUUCUCCCUCUUUCCCCCUCUCUCUCCCCUGCUCUCUCUCUCUCUCUCUCUCUCUCUCCCCCUUUCUUAAAUUGACAUCGGUCUGGCUCGAAACAUGAUAACAGAAAAGCCUUCCUCCGCUCCGCGUUGUCGGGCUGUCCUCAACCCCGAUCACUUGAAACUCAAAUGAGCAGGCGUUAAAAGGGGAAAAAAGGAUCGCAUAGUGUCCUGUCAGGGGGUUCUCACAGGGAAUAACAAGAGACCUUUAUAGCACACGCACACACACCCUCGUAUGUGUUCUUGCGCAUCGUAGAUCUUAGAAAGUGCUUGUGUUAAACUACAGUGAAAGUUAACAUGUAUAUGCACGCUUUGAUACGCGCGAGCCUUGGAUUUGUAGGUUUCUGCCUGGUCGCCUUUGUCCAACAGUCAGCUUCAGGAAGUAAAACCACUCAAGAUGUGGACGAAUGUGCAGAGGCACUUGAUAACUGCAGCAUUGACGCCAUCUGCCAGAACACCCUGAAGUCAUACAAAUGUAUCUGCAAGUCAGGCUAUAAAGGGGAUGGCAAACAUUGUGAAGAUGUCGACGAGUGUGCAACUGAAUACAAUGGCGGCUGCGUCCACGAGUGCAUCAACAUCCCGGGAAAUUACAGGUGCACGUGCUAUGACGGCUUUCGCUUGGCGCAUGAUGGGCACAAUUGUCUCGAUGUGGAUGAGUGCUCUGAAGGCAACGGCGGAUGUCAGCAGAUAUGCGUCAACAUGAUGGGCAGCUAUGAGUGCCGCUGCAGAGAGGGCUUUCUCCUGAGUGACAACCAGCAUACCUGUAUCCAAAGGCCAAAAGUGCAACCAGAUGGCACAAAAAACGAGGGACCCACCUGUAUGGACAAGAAUCAUGGGUGUGCACACAUCUGCAGGGAAACGCAGAAGGGUGGCAUCUCCUGCGAGUGUCGACCGGGAUUCCAGCUCACACGUAACAUGAAGGACUGCAAGCUGACGUGCAACUACGGUAAUGGGGGUUGCCAGCACAUCUGUGAGGAGACUGACCAGGGCCCUAAGUGUUCUUGCCACAUGAAGUUUGUCCUGCACAGCGAUGGAAAGACUUGUGUAGGGGAGAGGAGUGUCCAGUCCCAGGCAGCCCCACAGCUGUUCCCUAAUGAGACCUGUGCAGUGAACAAUGGCGGCUGUGAUAGCACAUGUCAUGAUUCAGUGACAGGAGUCCGCUGCAGCUGUCCUGUUGGCUUCACUCUGCAGCCAGACCGCAAGACUUGCAAAGACAUUGACGAGUGCCGUCUGAACAAUGGGGGGUGUGAUCAUGUGUGUCGAAACACAGUGGGUAGCUUUGAGUGCAGCUGCAAGAAAGGCUACAAGCUGCUAACCAACGAGAGAACUUGUCAAGAUAUUGACGAAUGCUCUUUUGACCGUGCCUGUGACCACUUUUGUGUCAACUCUGCCGGAAGUUUCCAAUGCCAUUGUCAUAAGGGCUACGUCCUUUACGGACUGGCACACUGUGGAGAUAUCGAUGAGUGCAGUAUAAAUCGAGGAGGUUGUAAAUACGGUUGCGUCAACACACUGGGGAGUUAUGAGUGUACCUGUCCACCGGGGUACAAGCUGCACUGGAAUAAGAAAGACUGUAUUGAGCCUGUGAAAUGUCCUCCUGGGCUUGUAGCACCAAAGGCUACACUGACCUGCAGCAAGACUGGCAAGAAAGAGAGCUGCUCUCUUACAUGUGCUUCUAAGGCUCACUAUCUGGCAGAAUCUGAUAACAGCUACUCGGUCAGUUGUGGUAUCCCCAUCCUCAGAGGGAAGUCCCCCACCAGGCUGAACUCCAACAGCAGUCAGAGCUGCAUAGAGGCUCUGGCCCCUCCAGUGAAGCAGACGGCUUCUUUCAAGAUCAAAAACGCCAAAUGUCACCUGCAUCCUAAGCUGCCUGGCCGAACUGAGGACAGAGGACGGACAAUGGGACAAGGAGGAGGGCAGCCCUGCAGCAACUGCCUGGUAACAUUUGUCAACCUUAAAUGUGACUCCUCCAAGAAAGCUAAAGGUCGACGUGCUCGCAACCCCUCUAACAAAGAAGUAACACGCAUUACAUUGGAGCUGGAAGCUGAGAUCAAACCUACAGAUGCUACAGGGAGUUGUAAUCUCAGCUGCCUGAGACAACGGAUGGAGAAGCAGGUUAAAACCUAUAUCAAGGCCCUGAAGAAGUCCAUCAACCAGGAGCGCUUCCUCAUCAGAGUUGCCGGUUUGGAAUAUGAGGUGGCCCAAAAACUUCCACAAGCUGCUCCUAUUCAGGAAAACUGUGGUCCAGGCUGGGAGAGGGACAGUGGCCGAUGUGUCAGAUGUUUGCCAGGCUCUUACUACCACGGUGAGCAGGAACGCUGUGUCCAGUGUCCACCUGGCACUUUCCAGGAGAAAGAGGGGCAGCUGGCCUGUGACCUCUGUCCUGGAAGCGAUGGCCAUGGGCCUGUGGGCGCACGGAACAUCUCCUCCUGUGCAGGCCAGUGUCCAACAGGGUACUACUCCAGCAGUGGAUUCAAACCUUGCCUGCCAUGUCCUCAGGGCUAUUACCAACCAGAUUUGGGACGGACCCUGUGCUUUCCCUGUGGGGGAGGACUCAACACCAAGCGGGAAGGGGCCAGCUCCUUCCACGACUGUGAAGUCAAAGUUGAUUGUUCUCCAGGUCAUUACUACAACACCACAGUACACCGCUGUAUCCGCUGCCCUGUGGGGACCUAUCAGACAGAGUUUAAACAAAACUACUGCAUCUCCUGUCCUGGAAAUACCACCACUGAUUUUGAUGGUGCCACAAGUGUCUCACAGUGCAAGAACAGGCAAUGUGGCGGGGAGAUGGGCGAGUUUAUGGGUUAUAUUGAGUCACCUAACUAUCCUGGUAAUUACCCUGCAAAUGUGGAGUGCAUUUGGAACAUCAACCCACCCAGCAAGCGCAAGAUCCUAAUUGUUGUGCCAGAGAUUUUCUUGCCUUCAGAGGAUGAAUGUGGAGAUGUGCUGGUUAUGAGGAAGAACUGGUCAGCUACGUCCAUCACCACCUACGAGACAUGUCAGACGUACGAGCGGCCCAUCGCCUUCACAGCUCGGUCCAGACGUCUCUGGAUUAACUUCAAGUCUAAUGAGGCUAACAGCGCCAGAGGCUUUCAGAUCCCCUAUGUUACUUAUGAUGAGGACUACGAACAGCUCGUAGAGGACAUAGUGCGAGAUGGAAGGCUCUACGCCUCUGAAAACCAUCAAGAAAUCCUCAAGGAUAAAAAACUGAUAAAGACUCUCUUUGAUGUGCUGGCUCACCCACACAACUACUUUAAGUACACCACUCGGGAGUCCAACGAGUUGCUUCCCCGCUCCUUCAUCCGUCUCAUAAGCAGCAAAGUCUCUGCUUUUCUGCGACCAUACAAGUAAAAGCCACACAGCUGCUGACACGCCGGAUCGCGACCCUCCCCCCGAUAUCCCCCUCCAUCUUAUAGGCCACAUCCCGCAACUCUCACAGGACUUAAAAACACGAGACAUACUCUUACGUUUACCCUCUUAUUUUUUUGUAGGCUUUGACAAUAAAACACUAUGCAGACCUGAGAAAUUUUUCAACACCAUUUUUGUUUUAGUUUUUUUUUUCUUUUUUGGUCAGUUACCAUUCAGCACAGGUCUGCAUUCCUGAGCUCAAACAUUUAGUGGGGAUAUAGAGUAUUGUGAGUGGGUUUGGUUUCUAUUGUGUUGUGCAAUGAAACCACACACACAAAAAAAGAAAACAAACAAUAGAAACGCCUAUUUCAGACAGUAGGAGUGAUGUUUUGUGCGUGCUGUCUGAGCUUGUUAUUGUAUUUGCUUAAAUGAGCUCAACUCCUACCAUUAAGUAUGACUGUAAGUGUUGUGCAAGUGUUGUGUAACUCUGGUUCCAUCUUCAGUGUCUGUGUGCUGUCCUCGAGGAGGAGCAGUUGUAAAAUUCACGUCGCAGCUGCGGUCCAGCUCAUUCAAAGCCCGACUAUAUUUGAGCUCUUAGAGCAGUUUCCAAGGGUUUUACUGUUAAAACAGUUAUUCUCUGUCUGUUUAGACUGUACCAGCAUUUUCCAACCUUCAGAUUAUUUCUGUUGCUCUUUUCCAAGCCAACUUAAAGCAAAUACAAAAAAAAGGGUGGUUAGCUAUUUUAGGAACGCGGUGGAUGUUAUGAAAAAAGUUGUUGGGAGCCACAGAAAUGAGAUAAUGUGAUGCUUAGUGGAACAUGUCUCAGAGAGAAAGAAAUGUCUUUGAGGGACAUUAUGUUUGCUGCUUCUUUUAAAAGGUCACUUUAAUUCUUCAGUCUCAUUGUCUUUCUGAUGUACGCUACACAUUUAUAAUCUAUAGGUUUAAAAACAAAGGGAAGCUUCGAAUCUGAUAUACUAUAGUUUCUACACCCAGGAAAUUGAUAUUCUCGCCUUGCCUGUCUGUGGACUACCAGUUUUAUAAUUUGUUUUUAUUUUUUUUAUUUUUUUUUUAGUCUUGUAAAUAAUGAAAAUAAAUUAGACGAGGGUUGAAUUCUUUAAUAACGAUUUUCUUACACAGGGCCCCCAAAAUCAGUUUUUGCCCCUCAUGUCUGACCCGCCUAAAGUCCAAAGACACCCAAGACUGCUUAGCUCACAUUUUAUUCUGUCCUAAAGAAGACAGCUCUUCCAAAGACCUCCCAAGAAAAGGCAUGUGUAGUUGUCUUGGGCUCUAGAUUUGCAGUCAGUCAUUUCCCUUUAUUUUAAUACAGAGUCCAAUGAAUGAAAAUGAAUUGUCGGUUAAAGUGUGACACAAAACUUGUGAAAUGUGUUUUGGGUUGUUUUCUUGUUGCGACUCCUUGUAUUAAAUGUAAGUCAUUGUGGGGAGAAGAUGUUUAACUUCUAAAAUGUAACUACUUUUAGAAAAAUGCAUUAUGUGUGGUGAAAUGUAACAAAGGGGUGGCAUCUUGGUGAAGUGGUUGGCACUGGCACCCCAUGUAUUUUAAAACUCAGACUUUAGGAGGACAAAGAAAUUGAACAUAUUGAACUCAAAUGCGAUGUUGGGCCAAGUAACACACAACUCGUCAGCUAUAAAAUCCUUACUUUAUUAUCAGCUUCAGUCAUUGAUUUAUAUCUUAAAAUCCAAUAUGCAACUUCUCCAUGCGCUCACUUGGCCCACGUUGCCAAAAACUGUCCCAUCCCACCUAAAUCAGCUCUUUUUUUUUCUCCCCUUUUUGCAACCUGAUUUCCUCCCCCCCCCUUUUAAUUGUUGCCUUUUAAAAUAAGAGUUUGCUAUGAUGUAUCGGAGUUGAUAAUGAUAUUUGCACUUGAAUUGUUAUUGCUCAUGUAAAGAAAUGUCUGGAUUUUGUAUUGUCUUUUUAAAAUGAAUGGAAUUGGUGUUCUUAUUUUCUUGUAGCUUGUUUGUUCAUGAAAUGCUCACUCACCGUUUAGUCUAGAGAUGAUACACAUAACAUUAUCAACUGUAAGGAAUAAAAAAAACAAAAAAACAACCUAUGUACAGAUGUGAAUGAAAAGUUUGUACCUGUUCUUGUCCAAACACGUAUCAAAAUAAACAAACUGUACUUCA